AGCGUCCAUAUUCUUUCACUGUCGGUUGACAAAGUUUGUCUUGCAGUUUAGCUCCUACAACGUUUUCUAUACAACAUGACUAGCAUCAUUGAUAAAUCAUUAGAUGAAAUAAUCAAGGAUGAAAGAAAAGCAAAGAGAAAAGAAAUGAUCAAGAAGAAAAAGCUUCAACAAAAUAAGCAACAACAACAAAAAGGAAAGGGAGCAAACACACAAAAAAAUAAAGCAYCAGGAAAUAGAAACCAAAGACAAAAUCAAGGAGUUAAAAAACAAGGUGUGAAUAAGAAACAAGGAGCAGUAGUUAGACGUGGUAACCAAAUGAACAACAGACAGACUGGAGGAAAGAGAGGAGUUUUGGCAAAUAGGCUUAAAAACAGACAAGCACUCAACACAGCUGGAAAACAGAUGGUGAACAGGAUAAAAAAAGCUCAAACAAAUAGAAACCAAAACAGGCAAAAUCAGCAAACAAGAAGAAAAGAUGCGAGACAGAAUAUUCUUGAUAGAAGAAGAGGAAUUCAGAACACAAAUCAAGCCCAAGGCAUUGGAAAUGCCAAUCGUCGUAACAGGAACAGGCAAACUAUUAACCAGCCUCAACAAAAUAAAGGACAGAGAAGAAAAAACUUUAAAGGAAGACAAACAGGAGGAUCUGUGAAUGAAUUAAGAGUGUCAGUUCCUAAUACUACAAKACAACAGCAACCUUUUAAGAAUCAGCCAAGAAAGGGAUUCUCUAUAAAUAGAUCAGCUUUUGCCUCUGGAAAGACUGGUACUACCCUUAAUGAUCGCUUCAGUGGAAGAAAGGUUAUAUAUUGAUGUCUUUCAGACAUUAGAGAGAAAUUUAUGUUUAAUCCUUACUUACAUGUAUCAUCUAAAGUUGAAGUGACUUGCUGAUAGAGAAAGCAGAUUUUUUCAUAACUUUCUAUUCCUCAAGAGAACGUUUUGGUUGUAAUAACUGGAAACUGACAGAAAUAGUUACAUAAAUCAUGUCGAAGUGUUUUCUUUUUGUUGRGAUAGUCCUAUUUACACUAGUGACUGUUUUAAGUGGUUUUAAUCAUGGAACCAUUUGAUUUUUAAGACUAAAUAUUUUAUAUUUUGUAAAUAUACUUCUAAUAUAAGUGUGAACAAAGAGGAUUCUGACCAUAUUAGAGUUAUUGUCUGUCAUCUGUGAAAGAACAGCAAUGAUAUAUAGCUGAUGAAAGAUCAGAUCRAUAUACUGCUAGUUUUUUCGUUUUUGUUUUUUUAUAAACAAGUAAAAACUAGGAAAACUUUCUCUUUUUGCAGACAUGGAAARUAACUCUUCUUUGAUAUUAUUACUAUGUAAACAUCACAAAUAAAAUAGUACAACAAUGGUUUAUUAAUGUGUUUUAAUUAUUACCAUUCCUGGGAGUUAAAUCAAGAAAACUUGAGCCAAAGAACCAGCUUUGUUACAGAUGUGAGCAAGUGAAGUUUUUGUAAACUUCAAAUGACAUUAAUAGUUCGUUAUUUUAAAAGUGUUUGUCUUUCRUCAAUGUCAUGUAAAAUAUUCCUGUCAAUCAAUUUGCGCGUUCCGGAAAUCGCUUCGUCGUUGUAUAAGCUUGUGUUACAUGUGAUUAAACCAGUUCUGUCCUACCCUA